UCGCGGAGAUUUCUUAGUACCGCACCUCCGCAUGAGAAGUCACGAAGCUGGAAGAACUCGGCCGUGAGAUGGACUUUGGCCGGUGCUCUGGUCUACUACUACAACACCAGCAAUGUCUUUGCCGAGGAGCAAUCCUUUGUCAGACACGCGCCACCGGAGACACAAAUCGAGUCAGAGACGCUUCCCACUCUCGAUGCAGUAACAGCGAAACGUCACGCCCUCCAGGCCCAACCUGAAGAUGGUGCUCUUGCUGGAUCGCCUCAGGAUCUGGAAGAGGAGGCUGGCCAACAGGGUGCUUUCAAUGAGGAGACUGGCGAGAUCAACUGGGACUGUCCAUGCCUUGGUGGUAUGGCUUACGGACCUUGCGGCGAGCAGUUCAGAGAGGCUUUCAGCUGCUUCGUCUACUCAAAGGAGGAGCCCAAGGGCAUGGACUGCAUUGACAAGUUCAAGUAUGUCGAUGCAUCGGUGAAUUGCAGC